UAGUAGAAGGUGCAUAGUUGGGAAGACAGUUGUGGGGCACACCCCACCCUGAGGGCACUCCGGGUCCAGGAACUUCCGAGCGGGUCGAUUUUCCGCGGCUGUUUAAGGAGUAGCGCUUCGGUAGCCGGGGAGCUGGAGGGGAACCUGAUUUGAGAUCAAUUCUUGGAGAACACAAAGAAGUGUGGUGGUAUGUUCCAGGAUUGAAUCAGCUGCCCUUUGACCCUGCCAACAACAACGAACCCCUGCAGUUUGGUAGUGCCAGUGGCCCUCUGGUUCCAGAAGGCCUCAUUGAGAAUGGAGGGGAAUCAAGCAAGAAAAGAAAGAGAACAAAUCCUCCUUCAGCUGAUAAUACUAGAACUCUGAAUGUAGAUUCUGCUGCAAUGACGCUGCCUGUGUCUGAUCCAGCUGCAUGGGCCACAGCAAUGAAUAAUCUUGGAAUGGCUCCACUGGGAAUUGCUGGACAACCAAUUUUACCUGACUUCGAUCCUGCCCUUGGAAUGAUGACUGGAAUACCACCAAUAACUCCCAUGAUGCCUGGUUUGGGAAUAGUACCUCCACCAAUUCCUCCAGAUAUGCCUGUAGUGAAGGAGAUCAUCCACUGCAAAAGCUGCACGCUCUUUCCUCCCAACCCAAAUCUCCCACCACCUGCAACACGAGAAAGACCACCAGGCUGUAAGACAGUGUUUGUGGGUGGCCUGCCUGAAAAUGGGACAGAGCAGAUCAUUGUGGAAGUGUUUGAGCAGUGUGGAGAGAUUAUUGCUAUCCGGAAGAGCAAAAAGAACUUCUGUCACAUUCGCUUUGCUGAAGAAUACAUGGUGGACAAAGCCCUCUAUCUGUCUGGUUACCGAAUUCGCCUGGGCUCUAGUACUGACAAGAAGGACACAGGCCGGCUCCAUGUUGACUUUGCCCAGGCUCGGGAUGACUUAUAUGAGUGGGAGUGUAAACAGCGUAUGCUAGCGAGAGAGGAGCGGCACCGUAGACGGAUGGAAGAAGAAAGAAUGCGUCCACCAUCCCCACCCCCAGUGGUCCACUAUUCAGAUCAUGAAUGCAGCAUUGUUGCUGAAAAACUCAAAGAUGAUUCCAAAUUCUCGGAAGCUGUGCAGACCCUGCUCACCUGGAUCGAGAGGGGGGAGGUGAACCGCCGCAGUGCCAACCACUUCUACUCCAUGAUCCAGUCAGCCAACAGCCAUGUCCGCCGACUGGUGAAUGAGAAAGCUACCCAUGAGAAAGAGAUGGAAGAAGCAAAAGAGAAGUUCAAGCAGGCCCUUUCUGGAAUUCUCCUUCAAUUUGAGCAGAUAGUAGCUGUGUACCAUUCCGCUUCCAAACAGAAGGCAUGGGACCACUUCACAAAAGCACAACGUAAAAACAUCAGUGUUUGGUGCAAACAAGCUGAGGAAAUUCGCAACAUUCAUAAUGAUGAAUUAAUGGGAAUCAGGAGAGAAGAAGAAAUGGAAAUGUCUGAUGAUGAAAUAGAAGAGACAACAGAAACAAAAGAAACAGAGGAAUCAGCCUUAGUGUCACAGGCAGAAGCUCUGAAGGAGGAAAAUGAUAGCCUCCGCUGGCAGCUGGACGCAUACCGGAAUGAGGUAGAACUGCUCAAGCAGGAACAAGGCAAAGCCCACAGGGAGGAUGACCCAAACAAGGAACAGCAGCUGAAACUUCUGCAGCAAGCCCUACAAGGGAUGCAACAGCAUCUGCUCAAAGUCCAAGAGGAAUACAAAAAGAAAGAAGCUGAGCUUGACAGAAUCAAAGACGACAAGUUACAGGUAGAACAACUGUUGGAAAAUUUUCAUGAAAAGCAGGAAAACUGUGGCUCUAGACUGUGUGCAUCAAGCCAAGAAGGGGAGCAACCUCUUGAGAAGACCACAAUAGGCAAUCCUGUCAAAUCUGAACGUGAGGCACUGCUAGUGGGGAUCAUCUCCACAUUCCUUCACGUCCACCCCUUUGGAGCAAGCAUUGAAUACAUCUGUUCCUACUUGAAUCGUCUUGAUAAUAAGGCAAGCUACCAAAUACCCAGCAAAUUAACCACUUCUCCACUCUUACCGAUCAGCACCAGUGAUGUGGAAUCUCUCAUGAGUAGACUCCAGCAUACCUUCAGACAGGAAAUGACUGGAGUUGGAGCCAGCCUGGAGAAGAGAUGGAAAUUCUGUGGUUUUGAGGGCUUGAAGCUGACCUGAAGCUCUUUGCCUAGAAUUUGAGAUCCUGAAAAUAAAUGUGUGCUUGACAAGCUUAGGAUGUAAAUUUUGUCCUCAGUGGUUUUCAAGUGGACAUUGCUUUCAAUUUGUCAGUUCAUUCCUGAAUAUCUUUCAAGUUAAAAUAAGGAUCCUAGAAUAGCGUCUCAAGCUACAGGUCCUAAAAAGAAAUUGCCUCAAACCUCAAGUGCUGUAACUUUCUCCUAUUUCUGGCAAUUGGUUGACUUUUCUUAUAAGUAAUAGUGAAAAAUUCCUGAGACUAAAGCGUAUUUGGAGUGUUUUCAGUGUCUGUACUACUGUUGUAGACCUUGUACUUUUUCAACGCUGUUAACUGCAGUGUUUUGAUGAUUUGUAUGUGCUCUGUGUUUCCAGAUUUCUCUUCACGUGAGUGAGAGGGAUGCUAGGAACCCCCUGUAACUGCCAUUGUCUUUCUCACCUACAGUAAACACUAAAGGAAAAAUCCAUCUGUGUCUUCUCCAAGGUGCUUCACCAGUUCACCUUUGAAAAAACAAAAGCAUGAACUGUGGCUUUUUGUAAAAAAUACUGUGAACCAAAAGUUGACAAACGUUCCAAAGUUAUUUUCUCUAAUAGAAAAGGUCUAUUUCAGAAUUUUAAAACAAGAAAUCUAGAUGGAUUCAUGGGAAGUCUUCAGUAUGACUACUGUGUCUGUGCUUUUCAGAACUACUUGUAAAUAGUCUGCUUUUAAAAGAGGGCAUGUUUAGUUUUCUAUGAAUGAAAAUGCAGUCAGGUGUGGGCACAUGUGCACACACAUUGGCAGAAGGGAUUUAUUUUGAUAGUCCUUCCCUCUGGCCUUCCUACUGUCUGUUGGUCCUAUUUUUUUCCUGCUGUUAGUGUGUUGAAAUGCAAACUGUGUACUGCUGUAAAUACUGUUUACUUCCAUGCUGGAUGUUUGUAAAGAACUGAUGUGAGUAUUGAAAGUAAAGAACUAAUAAAUAAAUGAUGGACUGGG